CGCCAAGACCGCAGCCUCCGAAGGGAGGCCGGGGGAGCCGGCGAGCGCACUUUCCCGUGGACUUUCGGAGUGUUUGUGGAUUUACAUGCCAAGCCGUCAAGAUGAUGUCCAUGAACAGCAAGCAGCCUCACUUUGCCAUGCAUCCCACCCUCCCUGAGCACAAGUACCCGUCGCUGCACUCCAGCUCCGAGGCCAUCCGGCGGGCCUGCCUGCCCACGCCGCCGGUAAGCGCCCCAAGCCCGCGGCCCCGGGCAGCGCGCCCGCCCCCUCCCGGUCCCCGAGACGCUGCAUGUCGGGUGCUGAUGUGUGAGGUCCCGCUGCAGAGCAACCUCUUCGCCAGCCUGGACGAGACGCUGCUGGGGCGGGGCCAGCGCUUCAAGCAGCGGCGCAUCAAGCUGGGAGUGACGCAGGCCGACGUGGGGUCGGCACUGGCCAACCUCAAGAUCCCGGGCGUGGGCUCGCUCAGCCAGAGCACCAUCUGCAGGUUCGAGUCGCUCACGCUCUCGCACAACAACAUGAUUGCGCUCAAGCCCAUCCUGCAGGCGUGGCUGGAGGAGGCCGAGGGCGCGCAGCGCGAGAAAAUGAACAAGCCCGAGCUCUUCAACGGCGGCGAGAAGAAGCGCAAGCGGACUUCCAUCGCUGCGCCCGAGAAGCGCUCCCUCGAGGCCUACUUCGCUGUACAACCCCGGCCCUCGUCCGAGAAGAUUGCCGCCAUCGCUGAGAAACUGGACCUCAAAAAGAACGUGGUGCGGGUGUGGUUUUGCAACCAGAGACAGAAGCAGAAGCGGAUGAAAUUCUCCGCCACUUACUGA